AGUCUCUGUCUGCCCUAAUUUCGCAAUGCCCAUCAACGUAACGAGGAUAAGACAUUUUCAUUUUGAAGACUUCACAGUACUUUUUCCUUAAUUCAGUUUUCACAUGGUUGUUCCUUCCUCAAUCCAUUGCAUCAAGACUUUAUAUUCUUCUCUGGGUUUCCAUUUUGAAGACUUCAUAGUUCUCAAUGUAUACCAAUAUCUCCAAAGCCCAGGCAUUUCCUCUCGCCGCUAAAAUAUCUUCGCAACCCAAAUGCUUCACUUCACCCCUCGCCUUAAAGUUCCCAUCUUUACCACUUGCUUCUCAUCGAAACCCCAUGUUAAAAACCCCCACUUCACAUAAAUUUGGAACCUUGGAAAUGGGGAAAUUAGCAAAUCCCCACGGGUUGAUGCUACAAAUUGCUAGGAGAUAUUGUAGUGCAAGAAGUACUGAAAAGCAACUUCCUUGGUUAGAAGUCGCUAAUGAGGUUAAGGAAGAAGGUAAGGUGAUGCAGAAAGCAAAAACGACUAGGAUAAGUGGUUCUUUUCCCGAGGGCUCUGCAAAGAAGAUGAGUAGUAAGUCCUCUUGGGAACAAUCCAUUGAAAGGUUAGAUAAAAGUCAUAAAACAGAAGUUCCUGAAUCUAAGCUGAGAUCAGCAGCAGCAAAAUUUUCUAUGAAAGGUGGUGUUUCAGCUACUGCUAGUAAGGAAAGGAAGGGUGGAUUGGUUGAGAAGGUGGGACAGCUCAGAAGUGAUUAUGGUAAAAGGUAUGUGAAGUUUGAUGAUAAUGAUGAAGAAGGAGUUGAUGAUGAAAUGGAGGAGGAGAUGGAUGAUCCAAGGUGGUAUAACAUAAAGAAUAAGUUCAAGGGGAUGGUGGGGGCAAAAGUUGGAAUGGAGAGACCUGAGGUUCGAAGAUGGAAUAAGCAGGAUAACUGGGGUAGAAAGACAUUGAAAGAGGCCAGUGAAUCCACUGUGCCUAAGAUUGUUGGUGAGGGAAUCUAUGGGGUUGGUCCAGUUUUGGCUGCAUUGUCAGCUGAUCGAAGGGAAUUCUAUGCAUUGUAUGUUCAAGAAGGAUUGGAUUUGAGUGGCAACAAUAGGAAGAAGAAGGACAAGAAAGGGUUUGAGAGAGUUCUGAAGAUUGCUGAAAAGCUUGGUUUGAGUGUAAAAGAAGCAUCAAAACAUGAUCUGAAUAUGGUGGCUGAUAACCGUCCCCAUCAGGGUUUGGUUUUAGACGCUUCACAGCUAGAGAUGGUGAAAGUAAAUGAACUGGAUCCUGUUUCUAUUGAUGAAGGGAAGGGUUCCCUUUGGGUAGCCUUGGAUGAGGUUACUGAUCCUCAGAAUUUGGGGGCAAUAAUUAGGUCUGCAUAUUUUUUUGGAGCUUCUGGGGUGGUGUUAUGUGCCAAGAAUUCAGCCCCAUUGAGUGGUGUUGUGAGCAAAGCAAGUGCGGGAUCACUUGAAUUAAUGGAACUUAGAUAUUGCAAGAAUAUGAUGCAAUUCUUAGUGUCUUCAGCUGAAAAUGGUUGGCGAGUUCUUGGGGGCUCUGUCUCCUCCAAAGCUAUUGCUUUGGAUGAGGUUGUGCCUGGUCCACCGACCAUUCUUGUUUUAGGUAGCGAGGGCACUGGUUUAAGACCAUUGGUGGAGAGAUCAUGUACUCAGUUAGUUAGGAUUCCUGGGAACAUUCAUUUUGACUCAAGUACUAGUGAAUUGGAUGGUGAAAGUAGUGGUUUAAAUUCCCAGAGCUCUGGUAAAGAGUUCCUCUCAUUUUUGGCCGUGGAAAGCUUAAAUGUUAGUGUUGCAGCAGGUGUGCUUAUUCACCACUUAAUUGGGAAAAAGUUGGUAGAUUCAUUUCCAGAGGAGCAUAAACAGAUUGACAUGUCUGAGUGAGACUGCAUCGCCUCAAUUUAUUUAGUCUGAUCUCAAAUAGUGUUUGUUGAUGGAGCACAGUUUUUAUUCCUUUGAAGUGUAGUUUGUUCUUCUUUAUCAAUUUAUCAUGUAAUCAGUUUACUAUCAUAUGUUAGUAAGUUGGUCUGUGCAACUCAGGAGUCAGUUCACAGUUGUGACAGCAAUUUCAAAUGAAAGAGAAUUGAUCUCUUUAAAUUACAAGUCAAGGCUUCUUUUGGUUAUCACAUUGAAGUUGCAUUAGUUUAUGGAUUUAUAUUUUUAACUGGAAUUGUAUUGUUUUAAGUUUCAGAUGUGAUUUUUUUGUUAUAACUUGGCUUUUUGAAAAUUGAAAGCCAGAAUUGCUUUUAAUUGUUAUUUAGUUUAAUGCGGUUA